CCAUCUCCCUCGAUUUCGACUCUCAAGAUUCCUUGUUACGUAGCUAUGUCAUUCGCUUUGAAAGGAGUCGCAUACAUCACCGGUGCAGGAUCCGGUAUCGGUCAAUCCGCUGCGUACUCGCUCGCUCGACAAGGAGUUCGCCAGUUUGCGUUGCUCGACCGCAAUCCGGUCACAAGCACCAUUCAAGAGCUCAAGAAGAAUCACAGCAAUAUCGAAAUCGAUGAUAUUCAAAUCGAUGUAGCUGACGAGAAGGCUGUAGACCAUAGUGUGGAACGCGCGGUCAAGAACUUUGGCCGCAUUGACUAUGCAUUUAAUAAUGCUGGGAUUGGUGGCGCGCUCAACACGACGGACAAGAUCGAGAGGGAAGACUUCGAGCGCGUUUUAUCUGUGAACACGACAGGCGUGUGGUUGUGCGUCAGGGCACAGAUACGGCAAAUGCUCAAGCAAGAAAAGCUAUCAGACUCGUACAGAUCCUACCGUGGGUCGAUUGUUAAUAUGGCUUCCAUGUACGGUAUCAUAGGGCCUUCAGCUCAAGUUCCGACCACGGCAUAUGCCACUAGCAAACAUGCUGUAAUCGGCAUGACCAAAGCAGACGCUGUAGCUAUGGCGCCCCAAGGCAUCAAAAUCAAUGCCAUCUGUCCAGGCUAUGUUGCAACGCCUUUGGUCGGAACCACAAUGAACAAGGGUAGUUUGAUGGACAAUGAGCGAUUGAAGGUACCCCUCACGCGGUUUGCAAACAUGGAGGAAAUUGCAGAUUGCGUUGCAUUUCUACACUCGGAGGCGAGCAGUUACAUGAUUGGCACUUCUCUAUUAGCGGAUGGAGGCUUCACUAUCCAGUAAAUUGAUGUAUUUCGAGUUCCUACUUCAUGGAAUCGACAACGAAUUUGCCUACCGUCUUAUCCUAUCUGAUUCUAUAUUGCAAUUACCCUGGAACAAUUUAUAAGGCAGCAAUUGGGUAGAUGAUGAAUAUCGCAAGCAAGCACCACGCUCCUUGUCUUCCACUGGUACCGUAUUAAUGGCGGCUGCACGGAUCUUCUGAAACCCUAGUCUUAUGGGGUGGAACAGUUUGCGAGUUUUCUCGGUAUCUGCUUCUUAUAUUUACUUACUUUCCGAUUUCAAAAACGUUCAUUCGAUGAUGCGUCAUGCUCACCCCAGACCGGAAAUGCUUU